UGGACAGAUAAUGGUAUCUCGACAAAAAGUUGACGAUGCAAUAGCUUGCUACGAGCAUACUCUAGGUAUGAGUCCUAAUAACAACAUUGACCAGUGUUUGAUGGCAACCCUGGCAGACCUGUAUCAAACCAAAGCAAAAACAGAGGGCAAAAUUGAUGAGGUGGCCUAUAAACGUUGGAUAGAAAAAGCAAAUAAAUGUUUUCAGGAAUUAAAGGAUAAUAGUAUAAAGAUGGAACCAUUCGUUCAGGCCCAAUUUGCCUCAUUCCUCUCUCGAACAAAAUGCUUGAAUGAAGCCAUUUUCAACUUCGAGCAGGUGCUUGCAGUCAAGGAAGAGAGCAUUAUUUCCUCCUCCAAAGUUGACAUAACCCUGUCUGGGGUUCACAUCGCCCGAGAAAUUGAAGCUAGAGGGGGAGUAUCUUUGCCAUUGAAGAUAAAUGUUUUUCAUGAGUUAGCCCUAGCAUAUUUUAAAAGUGGUGAAGACAAGAAAGCUGAAGAGACAGUGCUUCAAAUGGAAGAAUAUGCCAGGGAAUUCAUGUCUUAUCCUUUCUAUCCCAUCAUUUGUUCAGUCGUUGGAUACACCUAUAAAGAAACUGGACACUUGAGAAAAGCAAUGGAAAUAUUCAAGUCGGUGCUAGAGAGAGAAUUAGACAAUCAGCCAGUGAAACUAGCGUUAGAAGAAUGUGUAACAUUUCAACAAACAGCAUCAGGCACGACCCACGAAUCACCUGAGACACUUGAAAAACAACCACAAAACACUUGACGGAUUAAUUGAUCGAGUUCUAUGAAAUCAAUAUUUUGCAAUAGCAAAUCAUCACAGAUGCGAGGAAUAUUGAUCAUCGGACAUCAUCCAAGACAUGUGAAGUAAAAAUUUUAAGUCUCAUAACUGCGAACGUUUAAUAUAGUAUAUUCAAAUUAUGGCUUCAGCACAACUAAAGCUCAAUUCAUAAUACAGCCACAAGUUACAGUAGCGUAGCCAGC